AUGAGCAGUCGUAAAUCAAAGAGUAACAACUUAAUACAAGCAGAAUACCUUUCGCGGGUACAAAGAAUUUUACGUGAAAGAUUUUGUCAUCAGAGUCCACAUAGUAACCUAUUUGGAGUACAAGUACAAUAUAAACACUUAAUUGAGCUGCUGAAAAGAACUGCUAUCCAUGGAGAAAGUAAUUCUGCUCUCAUUAUUGGACCCCGAGGAUCAGGAAAGACUAUGUUAAUAAACCAUGCUUUGAAAGAACUAAUAGAAGUAGAAGGGAGUGAAAAUGUAUUACAAGUUCACUUAAAUGGACUGCUGCAGAUCGAUGAUAAAAUUGCCCUAAGGCAGUUAAAUCUGGAAACUGUAGUUGGAGAUAAAGUUUUUGGAAGCUUUGCUGAAAACCUUUCAUUUCUUCUGGAAGCUUUAAAAAAAGGUGACUGGACUAGUAGUUGCCCAGCGAUCUUCAUGUUAGAUGAAUUUGAUCUUUUUGCUCAUCAUAAAAACCAAACGCUCCUCUAUAAUCUUUUUGACAUUUCUCAGUUUGCACAGACUCCAGUAGCAGUUAUUGGUCUUACACGUAGAUUGCAUAUUUUGGAACUCUUAGAAAAAAGAGUGAAGUCACGAUUUUUCCACUGGCAGAUACACUUAAUGAAUUCAUUUGGUUUUCCACAGUAUCUUAAAAUAUUUAGAGAACAAUUAUCUCUAUCUGCAGUAUUUCCAGACAAGAUUUUCACUGAGAAGUGGAAUGAGAAGGUUCAGAGUCUCUCAGAAGAUAGAAGUGUGCAAGAAGUGCUGCAGAAGCAUUUCAAUGUCAGCAAAAACCUGCGGUCAUUACACAUGCUACUGAGGCUUGCUUUAAAUCGCGUAACAACAUCACAACCAUUUAUGACUGCAGCAGAUCUGAUGGGGGCAAACCAGCUGUGUAGCGUGGACUCUAAAGCAAAUAUUGUACGUGGUCUGUCGGUCUUGGAAAUUUGUCUUAUCAUAGCAAUGAAACAUUUAAAUGACAUCUAUGAAGAGGAGCCCUUUAAUUUUAAAAUGGUUUAUAAUGAGUUUCAGAAGUUUGUUCAAAGGAGGGCCCAUUCUGUUUAUAAUUUUGAGAAACCUGUUGUCAUGAAGGCUUUUGAACACUUACAACAAUUAGAAUUAAUAAGGCCCCUGGAAAGAACAUCAGUAAAUGCACAGAGGGAGUACCGGCUGAUGAAACUACUUCUGGAUAACACACAAAUUAUGAAUGCUUUGCAGAAAUACCCUAACUGUCCUACAUAUGUUAGGCAGUGGGCAACAUCCUCCUUAAACUGGUUAUAA